AUGUGGCUCCGGAUGAUGGGCCCCUGGCUGCCCUCCUGCCCGGCCGCCCUCCUCUUCCUCCUGGCCCUGCCCUGGCCUUGCCUGGCGCCCCCGAUGGUGCCCCCCAUGAUGCCCCCCAACCAGACCCUGGAGUGGCGCUGGGAGAGCCUCUUCUCCCGCUCCCUGGCCCGGAUCCCCGCCGGAGGAGCAGGAGCAGGAGGCAGCGACAGAAGGGAGGCCGGCCGCGACGGGGGGGACUCCUACCUCCUGGGCAUCAAGCGGCUCCGGCGCCUCUACUGCAACGUCGGCAUCGGGUUUCACAUCCAGGUCCUGCCCGACAGCCGCAUCAACGGCAUCCACAACGAGAACCGCUACAGCUUACUGGAGAUCUCUCCAGUGGAAAGAGGAGUGGUGAGCAUCUUUGGUGUUAAAAGUGGACUCUUUGUAGCCAUGAACAGUAAAGGCAAGCUGUAUGGAUCUAGCCAUUUUAAUGACGAGUGUAAAUUCAAAGAGAUCCUGCUGCCGAACAACUACAAUGCUUAUGAGUCCCAGAUCUAUCCGGGAAUGUACAUAGCCCUGAGCAAAAAUGGAAGAACAAAGAAAGGCAACAAAGUCUCUCCCACCAUGACAGUGACACAUUUUCUUCCUAGGAUUUGAGAGUUGUCCCUUCAGACCUACCUCAGGGAAGGGGGAGAAGGCCAAGCCCAAUGAAGAGAGUGGAAAGCAAUGGGCGGAAUCUAUGGUGCACUUUUUUUUAGAGUUUUAUGCAAGAGUAGAUGUAAGAUAUUUAAAUUAUUUAAGUCUGUAUAUAUUGCCAGAAACUUAUUUAUAGUUCUGAUUUAUUUUAAUUCCUAAAAAAAGAAAGAAAAAGAAACACCCACCAGAAAACAAAACUCCAACUUAAGCUAUUGGUUGCACAAUGCAACCAUAGAGGACUCUUUUUGCAUUGUGUUUUAUUUAACUUUUUUUUUGGGGUAAGUUAUCACAGGUGUGCUGCUAUUAUGUGUUUGUUUGUUUUUAACGUGAAAUCCGAUUCCUAUAUUUACAAUGUUUUGCACUGUUCUCUGU